CGGGGAAAGGCAGAUACAAGAGAAACGGGGGGAGGACGGUGGAUGAUAUACGCUUCAAAAGUUGCAUUACAACAAAUUGAAGAGUUGUGGCGAAGAGUAAUAAAGCAAGAUGAUAACGCCGUACUUCCUAGAGAAUUUCUGGGGGGAAAAAAAUAAUGGCUUUGAUGUGCUCUACCAUAACAUGAAGCAUGGUCAAAUUUCCACUAAGGAGCUGACAGACUUCAUCAGAGAAAGGAGUACUAUUGAGGAGGCCUAUGCCAGGUCAAUGACCAAACUUGCCAAGUCAGCUGGCAACUUUUCUCAGCUUGGGACAUUUGCUCCGAUGUGGGAUGUGUUUAAAGGUUCAACAGAGAAGCUGGCCAGUUGUCACAUGGAACUAGUGAGGAAACUACAGGAACUUAUAAAAGAGGUUCAGAAAUAUGUGGAAGAGCAGUCCAAAGCACACAAAAAGACAAAAGAAGAGGUGGCGUCUACCCUUGAGGCCGUCCAGAACAUCCAGAGCAUCUUCCAGGCUCUGCAGAAGUCCAAGGAGAACUAUAAUGCCAAAAUUGUGGAGCAGGAACGCCUCCGCAAGGAGGGGGCCACCCAGAGAGAUGUAGACAAGGCUGGAGUGAAAGCCAAAAAAGCCACAGAGACCUACAAAUCAUACGUGGAGAAAUAUGCCACAGCUAAGUCUGAGUUUGAACAGAAGAUGACAGAAACUGCACAGAAAUUCCAAGACAUCGAAGAAAACCACAUUCUCCACAUGAAGGAGAUCAUUCAGUCGUACUCGUUGUAUGUGGAUGAAACACACAUUCAGAUAGGAGAGGUCCACCAUGAAUUUGUGAGGAACAUCGAGAACACAUCAGUGGAGAGCUUAAUCCAGAAACUGGCUGAAAGCAAAGGAACGGGGAAAGAGAGACCAGGACCCAUUGAGUUUGAGGAGUGCAAUGUAGCUAUUGCUGCUGAAGGAGCCAAACCCAGAAGAAGAAAACUAUUAAUCCCAGGUCGGAGGAAAGACAAGGACACAGACUCUACGGAGUCGACAGAAGUCGAGGCUGCUAACACCGCCAAUGGUGCUCCGCCUGGAUACUUUGCAGACAUCCAGAAUGCUAAUGUUCCUCAAGUUGAUGAAGAGGGUUUCUGCAUCAGACCACAAGUAAAUGAAAACGAUGCCAAAGAGAAUUCCUUCUACUCGUCCAGCGACUCGGAGGACGAAGACGAACCCAGGAAGUUCCACGUGCAGAUCAAGCCCGUUCAGCCAAACAACGGCGUUCAUCAGAACCAAGCCAACAUUGAUGAGCUCAAGGCCUCCAUUGGAAACAUCAUCCUGUCGCCUUCAACCUCGGGACAGAUGCGGAGGAACCAGUCCAGGAUCACAGGAGUGUCUACAGUAAGGUCUAAGACUAAGGGUUUCGGUGAUGAGCUAGGAAAACCCAGAGUGCCAACAUCAUUCGAGCUGACUAACAACGACCUUCUGUCUCUGGAUCCUUUAAGUCCAGCUCAGGCCAUCGGAUCUUCCUCCGCUGUGUCAUCAUCGGCAGACCUUGCCUCUAUCUUCUUUUCAAUCCCUCCAUCUCCACCUUUUCUGGUGAAUGACUCAGACUCAGAUGUCUUUCUGCCAGAGACAUCAGCUGAGACAGUGCCACAACGGGAGCGCUACCCUCCCUUGGCAGAGAGCCAGCAGUCCAAAGAUGUUUACUCUUUCUCGUCAUCUACGUCCUCUCCCUGGGAUUCACCAGAAAACCCUUUUCAAGCACUUAAGCCCGUACCGGCGAGGGCCCAGAGCGCCCCCAUCACCCGGCCAACUGAGCCAGUCGACCCCAUCAAAAACUCAGACACACCCAGCCCUCCAAAGAGCGCAGACACCUUCUCCUCUGUUUCCUGGGCCCAGAGCCAGUGGAUUGCCUUCAGUGAUAAUUUUGCUCCACCUCCACCUCGCUGUCAGGGCUCUGGGUCAUCUGUGAAGGAGCUUCAAAAACCACAGUCAGGUUCCAGUAGGUCAGGUCACUUCCUGUCCGAUGAGUCUGCUGAUGCCUUCUACAAAGCAGCGAGCAACCGAGAUGACAGCAGCCUCUCUUUCACUGAUGUCUUCUCUGGGAUUACAGAUAGGGCUGCAGCUCCAACAAGCAAAAUAUUCAAUGUGCCAGUACCAAACCGACCUACAACCCCUCUGGCACCUGGAGCCUUAGUACCUCCUCCACGACCCUCCUCCAGGCCCAAACUCCCGGCUGGAAAACUCACAGGAAUCAAUGAAAUUGUACGGCCAUUCAGUCCACCUAAAGCAUCUAGCCCUACUCCGACUGCACCCCUCGCCCGGGCAGAGAGCUCUUCCUCUUUGUCCUCCAACGCCUCACUCAGUGCUGGCAACACCCCCACUGUCGAGGAUGAUAUGUUCAUAGCGAAGCUGCCUACCUUUGAGAAGCGGUGUGAAACUCCAGCAGGGACGUCUCGGGGUCCCAGCCCUGUGACCCUGGCAUCCCAAGAUGCUUUGCCCAUUGCUGUGGCCUUCACAGAAUCGGUUAAUGCUUACUUCAAAGGAGCUGAUCCCACUAAGUGCAUUGUGAAGAUCACUGGAGACAUGACACUGUCGUUUCCAAUGGGCAUCAUCAAGGUGUUCACUACCAACCCCUCCCCAGCCAUCCUCACCUUCAAGCUGAAGAACACCAGCAGGCUGGAGCAGAUUCUACCCAACCAACAGCUGUUAUACAGUGAUCCCUCUCAAAGUGACUCAGAUUCCAAGGAUUUCUGGUUCAACAUGCAAGCACUGACGUCCUACCUCAGAAAAGCCUCAGAACAGAGUCCUUCAGCUUCCUACUAUAAUGUAGACAUCCUGAAAUACCAGGUGAUGUCUGAUGGGAUCCAUUCCACCCCGCUAAACCUGGCCGUAUACUGGAAAUGUACAGCAAGUACAACGGACCUGCGGAUAGACUACCGCUACAACCCAGAGUCCAUGGACUCACCCGGUCCACUCACCAACGUACAGAUCUUAGUGCCUGUUGAUGGAGGAGUCACCAACAUGCAGUCUCUGCCUAACUCCAUAUGGAAUUCAGAGCAGAGUAAGUGUCUGUGGAGGCUGACUGACAUCUCAGAAAAGUCUGAAAACGAUGGUGCCGGGUCCCUGAGGGCCAAGUUUGAACUGUCAAAUGGCCCAUCGCACCCCUCCACUCUGGCAGUGCAGUUUAUGAAUGAGGGGAGCACCCUGUCAGGAGUGGACAUGGAGCUGCAGGGGGCCGGAUACAGACUUUCCCUCAGCAAGAAGAGAUUUGCCACAGGGCGUUAUAUGGCAGAUUGCUGAGGUGACCCAUCAUCGCGGUCGCCAAGAAACCCAAGAGCAAAACCUGCCGACUCACUCGCAAAGGCCCCCUGAACCUCUGGAUCACCUCCUGUCACACCCAGGAAGCGAGACUCUCACUACAAAACUAAACAGCACUGAGUAUUGAACACUGUUAAAAAGAAAAGAAAACUAAGAUGAGAUUUCAGGAAAUGUGUAGAUAAGUCUAAUAAUGCUUUCCGAUCAAAUCCUUUUUUGUAUAGUCAGAAACAGUUUAUGGCUCUAUGUUGUAUUUGAAAUCAUAAAAAACAGAAAAAAAGUGCACUAACAACCUUUCAGAUGCUCUUUUUGCUCUUAUAUAUAAUUUCCAAGAACCUGUAAGGAAUAUAAAAGAAAACAAUUUCUCUCUUUCUCUGUCCAAACUGUAAAUAAUAAUGCUGAAUAUUCUGCUCGACCACCUUUGACUCGGCUCAUAAAUCAGCUUCUUCACUUUCACUUUUUUUUUUUAACUGGUGCAAUGAAGGUAAAAUCUGUCUUUAAACAGAACUUGCAGACUUGCAGCGCAGGCUUAAUCUUUAUAAAAUAUUUUGCUUUCGGAAAAUGCAAAAAAAAAAGAAGCAAAACCAAUAAUGAUCUGACCUCAGUGCCUCCUCUUAUACUGUGGAACAACAGGCAAAAAAUUUCUGUUAGUGUUUGGGGUUUGAAGCUGCAUUUCUCUGUGAUUGAAUACCACAGAGUCCUUUUGAACAAUCACCCUUAUCGCUGUCAGUGUGCUUAUUUAAAAAAAAUUGAACAUUUUACUUUGUAAAACCCCCUUUUAGUCAUGCCUUGUGUUUUUUUAAGCCUUUUAAUUGACUGUAAAACAUUGUGUCAAAAGUCAUAUGUUUUAUAUAUCUAUCUAUAUAUAGAUAGAUAUAAAAAAGAAUCAAGGGACAUUUCUCUAAAUUGAAGUUGGCGGCUUUUGUAAGAGCUGAUUUAUUUUUUAACAUACUUCUGUGUUAAUAUUGAAAUGUGCCUGAAUCUAACUUUUAUCUGUUCCUUUUUGUAUGCUACAGCACAGUCAUUGAGAAUAGCACCAACAAUGUGCCAUUUGUGUCUUUGUUUGUUUUUUUACUCUUUUAUUUGGAUAUCGAAGGGAAAACGUCUCCGCUUUGUAACGUGUCUUCCAGAAACGAAUGAUCAUUUGGACUGAGUUUAAUCAGUGUACUCUUUUAUCAAUUUUUAGCCUUUGAAGCUCAUCCGAUCUCUUAUUCUCGCCACACAGCAGACGAUGUUGGUGAAAAGUAGCACCUUGAGGCCAAAUUAAUGAUUGAAAUGCCUUAUCAUGAUUACUUAAUACCAAGUAAUCUAGUGAUACUGUCACACAGCACUGCCGUUGCCUCUGUCUUACAUCACUGGCCUGUCCUGCUUCUCACCCAGAGUAAGCUGGGGGAAAAGUACAGCGUCUUGUAGCUGUGAACAUGUGGAUGUGUGGGGAAAUGGCCACAACUGACUCUCGGUGCUUCAUUCUUGUCUUUUACUAAUGGAGGGAUAGUGCUGUAGAGGCUGUUUUACUUCUUAACUAAAUAUUUUGCCUUUUGUUCUUCUGGUUUUUCCCCCCUCCCCUGUCGACCUCAUCCUUGGCAUGGUCCUGAAAUUGGUUAAUGUGUUGGAAUGUGAUAUGUUUGGAGGAAUGAAUGAUAAGUUGCCUGAAAGCUGUGAUUGAAAAUUGUUGAAACCUUUAAUGAGAGGAGUUUGAUACACUGUGCAACACGUGGCCAACUGACCUCUCAGAUACGACUGUGUCCUCAGUGCUAAGGAACCGGGUUCAUUGUAGAUUUUGACUGGUUUACAGGUGUUUUAGGCUCAUGAUGAUACUUGAUUCAAGUGUCUCGCUUGAAAACUUGUAGAAAUAGAAGGAUUCUUUUAUUUCACUCAUCAUAUCUGGCCAGGGUGAUUCAUGUAAUCAUCUUUUUUUUAGUUUUGACUCUUAAUGCCUUUAAGAUUAACUUCCUGAAUAGAUUAGGAAAACAUUCAUUUAAGUGUUUGUAGAAAUAAAUUUUGUACCUGACUCUUUAAUAAGCCAAAUAUUUUGAAGGCAUUUGAAAUGAGUUUACACAAAGUCCUGAAAUUGUACUAUCACGUGUCACACUGUGUUCCCUCUGAAUUAGUUGUAUCAUUGGUUUAAAAAAAUAAAAACAAGAGUAGGGAGAUUCUGCAUUCAGUAUCAGCAAGCUGGUUCUUGCUGUCCCUACAACACUCAAAUUGUACCUACAAAGCUCCUUUUAUGGUCACUUUCCACUCUUUUUCUUUAUUUGUUGUAUCAGACAGAGUUUAAAAAGAGCAAGAUUGUGUAAAUGAUUCUCAUAUGUUUUUACCAAUAUUUCUGCCACUUUUUGUCUCUAUUUUAUGAUUUCUUAUUGUGCCUGUAUUAAAUGUAUAAUAUAUGAACAUAUACAAAUAUAUGAAAAUGACUACUUUAAA